AGAGGCGGCCUUUGUUAGGCUCCCGGGAAGGCUGCCCGGCGGCGAGGCUUUCAGCGGGAGGUCUGGGGUGCCCCCUGCUCUGCCCCGUGGCUCGCCCUGUACCUCUGCAAGGGCGCCUAGAGCUUCCCGCGGUAGCAGCUGCAGGGAGCAUUUCGGAAACUUUGAAGAACCAGGGCGAUCUCUUACACAUUGAUUACAUUGCCAAGAGUACAUAGGGGCAGCCGAGUGGACAAUGAGGAAGAGGAAGAGGAGGGAGAGGGUGGGCUGGACACCAACGGCCCUCCGAACCCCUACCAGCUGGCUCCCCCUCCAGAAGGCUGCUGUACCAUGGAUGGGUUCUGCCAGGCUGGGAAGGACCUGCGUCUCAUGUCUGUCUGCAACGAGCCCCUGGAGGUUCCCGCCGGCUUCCUGCUGGUGGGGGUCAAGUCCCCCAGCCUGCCCGACCAGCUGCUGGUGUGCGCUGUGGACAAGCGCUUCCUGCCAGAUGACAGCGGCCACAACGCCCUGCUGGGCUUCUCCGGGAACUGCGUGGGCUGUGGCAGGACGGGCUUCUGCUACUUCACCGAGUUCUCCAGCCACAUCAACCUGAAGCUCAGCACGCAGCCCAAGAAGCAGAAGCACCUCAAGUGCUACCUGGUCCGCGACGCGCAGGGCGCGCUCACCCAGGGGCCUGCCAUCUGCUGGAAGGGCGCAGAGUUCAGAAACCGCCAGGCCUCUGCCAGUGCAAACUCCGGUCCUGUCCUCCCACUGCUAGAGGGCUCGGGGCCUCUGGCUGCCUUUUCCGGUGAGCCUGGAGCACCUGGGCUGAACCUUGGCAUCCAAAUGAGUGCUCAGCAGGCAGGACCUACCCUGGCCUCUGAUCAGCCCCCGAUGGCAGCAGCCCCGGGCUCCAGAGUCUUCAAUGGCAGAGACUCCCCCAAGCACCAGCAGCUGGCACAGAGCAGCCUGGUGAUGCUGGCACGACCCUCCGCCUUAGGGAUCUUGUCAAAUUCUGGGCCUCCCAAAAAACGCCACAAAGGGUGGUCCCCGGAGUCCCCAUGGGCUGGGGAUGCUGGCUAUGUGCAGGGCAUCGUGAGCAGAGCCAAGUACGAAGGUGCAGGUGUGGCCCAGGCUGGCACAGUGGGACCAGCUUCAGUCGCUUUUCCUGUCAUGGGCUCUGGGGAACCGGUGUCUGUUCCUGACAAUUUGCUGAAGAUAUGCAAAGCCAAGCCAGUGAUAUUUAAAGGCCACGGGAACUUCCCCUACCUGUGCGGGAACCUGAGCGACGUGGUGGUCAGCCCGCUGCUGCACACCUGCUACCAGAACUCGCAGUCCAUCUCCCGGGCCUAUGAGCAGUGCGGCUCCUCCGCCGUACAGCCCAUCUCGGAGGAGAUGCAGCUCCUGCUCACCGUCUACUACCUUGUUCAGUUAGCCGCUGACCAGGUCCCGCUGAUGGAGGAGCUGGAGCAAAUCUUCCUGCGUUCCUGGCGCCAGUCGCACCUGGCCGAGGUCCGGCAGUGCCCGCAGGCGCCACCGCAGCCCUACCCGGCCGUGCCUGGCCCCGCGGCGCCCGUGACCUCGGCGCAGCUACCCUGGCUGGCUGGCCUGGCCGCCAGCUCCUGCAACCACAGCGUGCACGUCAUCGAGUGCGCCUCCUCGUUGGCCGAGGGCCUGGCCGAGAUGUUCCGCCUGCUGGUCGAGGGCAAACUGGCCAAGACCAACUACGUGGUCAUCAUCCAUGCCUGCCGCAAUGCCGCCAUCGACUCCUGCAUCGCUGUCACUGGGAAGUACCAGGCCCGCAUCCUGUCUGAGAGCCUGCUCAGCCCCUCGGAGUACCAGAGGAAAGUGCACUGCGAGCUGGCAACCGGCAGGCUGGACUCUCUGGGGGCCUUCUUCAGCGCGCUCUGUCCAGAGGGUGACAUUGACGUUUUGCUGGACAAAUUCCAUCAGGAAACUCAAGGCCACAUCUCAUCUUCAGUCACUUCCCCGUCUGUCACUAACGCAGUGGGCCUGGAGGUCGGCGGGAUCCCUACGUGCGCGACUGACCGUCAGGAGCCGCGUGGUGUCCGGCCCUCCCAGCUGGCCGUGGCUCAGAAGCUGCUGUCGCAUGUGUGCUCUGUCGCGGACUCCAGCACCCGGAACCUGGAUCUGGGCUCCUUCGGGAAGGUGGACUUCCUGGUCUGUGUCCCACCCUCUGAGGUCACCUUCCAGCAGACUGUGGCCCACGUGUGGCGCUCAGGGGUGCUGCAGGAGCUGGGACUGGAGCAGGAGCCCGCCACGCGGCAGAGGGUGGAGCGGCACGUGCUGAAGAUGGACGCCGAGGCGCCCGCCACGUUCACCGCCUUCCUGCAGCGCUCCCGCCGCAGCCCGCACACACUCUUCGUGCUCGUCCACGACCACGCGCACUGGGACCUCGUGAGCGCUGUCCGUAAUCUCUACUCUCAGAGCGACCCGUGUGUGGGGCUGGUGGACAGACUGCUCAAUUGCAGGGAAGUGAAGGAGGCCCCCAAUAUCGUGACGCUGCACGUGACCUCCUUCCCGUACGCGCUGCAGACGCAGCACACCCUCAUCAGCCCCUACAACGAGAUCCACUGGCCGGUGCCUUCUGGCGACGGUGCGGGGCUGUACCCCGAGAGCAAGAAGUACUUUGGGCUGUCCGAGUUCAUCGAGUCGACCCUCUCUGGACACAGCCUCCCCUUGCUGAGAUAUGACAGCUCCUUCGAGGGCAUGGUCACUGCGUUGGGGAAAAGGUUCCCCCAUCUGCACAGUGCGGUUAUCAGGACGCUGGUCCUGGUCCAGCACUACGCGGCUGCCCUGAUGGCGGCACGCGGCCUCCCGCAGAUGAAGAACCAUACCUCAGUGGAGACGCUGGAGAUCACUCGGAACCUGCUCAGCGCCCCCAAGCAGUGUCCCUGCGGCCACGGGCUCAUGGUGCUGCUGCGUGUGCCCUGCUCGCCACUGGCUGCUGUGGCGUAUGAGCGGCUGGCACACGUGCGGGCGCGGCUGGCCCUGGAGGAGGACUUCGAGAUCAUCCUGGGGGACCCCACGGCUGGCAUCACUGUGGGCAAGCACUUCGUGAAGCGGCUCAAGAGCUGGCAGAAGAUCGAGGACGCUGAGUGGAGGCCGCAGACCUACCUGGAGCUGGAGGGUCUGCCCUGCAUCCUCAUCUUCAGCGGGAUGGACCCUCAUGGCGAGUCCCUGCCCAGGUCCCUGCGGUACUGUGACCUGCGCCUCAUCAGUGCCUCCUGCCUGGCGCGCUCCGCCCUGGAGCAGGAGCUGGGCCUGGCCGCCUACUUCGUGAGCAGCGAGGACCCUGCGGAGCAGGCUGCCAGGAGUGAGGCCUCCGGCAGCGGCGACGGGGAGAAGCCCAGUGGCUCGGACAACGAGGACGAGGAGGAGGCGGGGCCUGAAGCAGCCAGCUUGGAAGCGGCCUCCCCAUCGGAGCCCGGCAGUCCCGCACGGAGGGAGUGGUCCUGCUCCCAUGACUCGGCAUCCUCCUCCCUGUCCUCCCGCGGGUCCGGCUCAGUGCUGUGCAGCGAGGCCUCGGCUCAGCACUCUGGCCCCGUGCAGGGGGAGCUGACCAGGGCCUCCCCACCCUGCGGCUCCAUGGAGGAGGCCAGGGUCCCCGUGGAGAAGCCGAGGUCUGACGGCGCCCCCCGGGCCGGCCAGCAGAGCCUGCAAGUGCCUUCCUCCUCCUCCUCCCCGGGGGCGUCCUGCACAGGCACCCUAGUCCUGCAGGCCCCGCAGUGCUCCCUGGCCAAAGCCUGCCGCCAGCCGCCCAUCAUCUUCCUGCCCAAGCUGGUAUAUGACAUGGUCACGGCCACCGACAGCAGCGGCCUGCCCAAGGCCGCCUCCCUGCUGCCCUCGCCCUCUGUCAUGUGGACCAGCUCCUUCCGGCCCUUGCUCAACAAGACCAUGACCUCCACCGAGCAGUCGCUCUACUACCGCCAGUGGACAGUGCCCCGGCCCAGCCACAUGGACUAUGGCAACCGCGCUGAGGGCUGUGUGGAUGGCUUCCACCCCCGCCGGCUGCUGCUCAGUGGGCCCCCACAGAUCGGCAAGACGGGUGCCUACCUACAAUUCCUCAGCAACCUGUCCAGAAUGCUGCUUCGGCUGACAGAGGUGGACGUGUACGAUGAGGAGGAGAUCAACACUGGCCUCUGGGAAGAACCUGAGUGGCAUUACACUCAGCUCAACGACCCCUGGCCGGACCUGGAGCUCUUCCGGAAGAUCCCCUUUGAUUACAUCAUCCAUGACCCCAAGUACGAGGACGCCAGUCUGAUCUGUUCCCACCACCAGGGCGUCAAGAGCGAAGACAGAGGGACCCAGAGGACUGCAGAGCCGCCUGUGCGGAGGCGCACGGCCCGGAUACGGCUGUCCAAGUAUGCGGCACACAACACCUACCACCACUGCGGGCAGUGCCAGCACUACCUGGGCUCCCAACCCCGCUACCAGCUCUGUGAGUCCACCCUGCACGCCUUUGCCUUCUCUUACUCCAUGCUAGGAGAGGAGAUCCAGCUGCACUUCAUCAUCCCCAAGUCCAAGGAGCACCACUUUGUCUUUAGCCAGCCGGGCGGCCAGCUGGAGAGCAUGCGGCUGCCCCUGGUCACUGACACGAGUCAGGAGUGCAUAAAAAGCCCGACCUUCACGCCGACCACCGGCCGACACGAACACGGUCUCUUUAACCUGUACCACGCCAUGGACGGCGCCAGCCACCUACAUGUGCUGGUGGUCAAGGAGUACGAGAUGGCCAUCUACAAGAAGUACUGGCCCAACCACAUAAUGCUGGUCCUGCCCAGCAUCUUCAACAGUGCUGGAGUUGGUGCCGCGCACUUCCUGAUCAAGGAACUGUCGUACCACAACCUGGAGCUGGAGCGCAGCCGACAGGAGGAGCUGGGCAUCCAGCCACAGGACAUCUGGCCAUUCAUCGUCAUCGCCGAUGAUUCCUGUGUGAUGUGGAACGUGGUAGACGUGGACUGCUCCGGGGAACACGGCCGGGAGUUCUCAUGGUCGGAGCGGAACGUGUCGCUGAAGCACGUCCUGCAGCACAUCGAGGCCGCGCCCAACAUCACGCAUUAUGCGCUCCUCGGCCUGCACAAGUGGGGCGGCAGGGCGCGCGCCUGCGAGGUGCGCGAGCCCUUCUCCCGCUGCCAUGUGCACGACUUCGUCCUCCUCAACGUGGACCUCACGCAGAACGUGCAGUACAACCGGAACCGGUUCACAUGUGAUGACGUGGACUUCAACCUGCGUGUACACAGCGCUGGCCUCCUGGUGUGCCGCUUCAACCGAUUCCGAGUGAUGAAGAAGCAGAUGGCAGUGGGCGGCCGGCGGGCCUUCCAUAUCACCUCCAAGGUGUCUGACAGUUCUGCAGCUGUUGUGCCAGCCCAGUACAUCUGUGCCCCGGAUAGCAAGCACACAUUCCUUGCGGCACCUGCCCAGCUCCUGCUGGAGAAAUUUCUUCAGCACCAUAGCCACCGCAUCUUCCCACUGUCCCUGAAGAACCAUGGCCACCCUGUGCUGUCUGUGGACUGCUACCUAAACCUGGGGCCUCAGGUCUCUGUCUGCUACGUGAGCUCCAGGCCCCACUCCGUGAACAUCAGCUGCUCAGACCUGACGUUCAGCGGCCUCCUGCUCUACCUGUGUGACUCCUUCGUGGGGCCCGGCUUCCUGAAACAGUUCCACUUCCUGAAAGGCGCCACGCUGUGCGUGAUCUGUCAGGACCGGAACUCGCUGCGCCAGACGGUCGUGCGCCUGGAGCUGGAGGACGAGUGGCAGUUUCGGCUGCGGGACGAGUUCCAGACGGCCAACGCCAGGGAGGACCGGCCGCUCUUCCUCCUCACCGGCCGGCACAUCUGAGCCAGGCAUCGCGGCUGCCUCGGGGCCGGAGCAGGUCCUGGGCCAGGAGCCAGGAGGAUGCUUCCCCGGGGGAGGUGGGAUGGGGGUCCCAACCCACCUUGGGUCAGGCCACACGGCCUGCACUGUUCCGAAGCCAUUUUGGGGCUGACGGAGUUCCCCGAGGCCAUGUGGAGGCUGCCUGCCGCGGACUCCACGAUCUUAGCUACUGCAGCGGCCCCCCUGGACCCCACAGGGCGGCACUGCACAGGACAUUUCAGCAGGACAGGCUGGACGCAGGCAGAAAGCAGGGCAUCGCUUCAUAAGGGUCGCUGAACUGCUUACAGCGCUGUCCUUUUAGGGGCUCACCCAGGGCAGCAGGUGGAAUGGGGGGGAGCAGCGGAGGGGCAGCCUGUGCUGCCCAGGAGCGGCGCUGGGACAGGCUUCCUGCAAAACCAGGCGGCUUUAAGGAGAAGAGGCAUAUGGAGGUGGACUGAGAGUUGCCUUACAAGGGGAAAAAGAGCCAAUUUUCUCAUGAGAAAAAAGAAAAACUGCCAAAGGGACACGCCAUGUGAAGAGCUGGAGCAGGGACCCCGCUUUAUGGAACCCCUUGUGCCCUGCAAGCUCACAGUGCGCUCAAACCGGCGCGUUAGAGCGCCCCCUGCCGGCCGAGCGCGCUGCGGCCCUAGCUGGGUCGCUUUGGGGAAUUGCGGAGCCCUUUGCAAGGUGAGGGACGGAAGAGCCGAAAAAACAAAAGCACAGUCCAAGCCCUGGCUCUGGCCUCCCUGUUCACACCUCUGCCGUUCACCACACUGCCCCGGAGGUGGCCCACGGCGGAAGCAAAAGCCCGAGGGUGUUUAAAAAUGGAUCAACCCAAUGCGUCCUCCAGUGCUCUCCUUCGGCAUCUGUGAGUACCGUGGGGCACGAGGGUGCAGGAAGAAACCUUUAAAAACGAUGCCAAAGAACGUCAGCCUUUCCCCCCCCAGGAAAAAAAGUUGCCAAAUGUCAAAGUUUCAGAUCAGUGUUUAUAAAAUGAUCUCUCUGUGUACGCUGUUAUUCCUAUUUUGGUAUAAAAACCGACCUCCUUUUGUUAAAUUUGACCUUUGUACAUAGAAACUCCUUUGUCAUUCUUUUCAUUUUAUUAGUUAAUUUAAACUCCCAAUUAUUAAGACUUGCUUGUUCCAGUCUUAUUAAUAACACUUGUAAUUCA